AUGUCUCAUAAUAAUACUCCUAACAAUACUAAUAAAAGUUUACUAGAGCAAACUCCAUCUGAAUUUGAUAUAACAAUAAAUAAGUUUCGUGUAAAAAUUUUGCAACGGAAUCGACUUAUAAAACGUGUUACAGAUAUCAGUUGCCAAUGUUUUGAAGAGAUGUCAUACACAGAACUUGAGGUUAAAUUAGAACUGCUCGAACAAAAGUACAAACAAUUUGAGACUAUACAAUCAGAAUUAGAAAACAUUGAUGAGUCACAAAUCGAGGAAGAUUUUCGAGACAAAUUUGAGGAUAUAUUUUGCGCAGCUAAAGCAAAAAUCAUUAACAAAUUGUCGCUACACAAAACUACAACUAACCCCUUGUCGAGUACUCAAAUUAAUCAACACGAACCUUCAUCAUCGAGAGCUAAGGUGAGUCUUCCUAGACUUGAGCUACCAUCGUUUAAUGGACAACUUAAUCAGUGGCUCAAUUUCUUCAACAUGUUUUCGGUAAUGGUUGAUAAAAAUGAUGAAUUAUCAAAUGUUGAAAAAUUUCAAUAUUUAAAGUCAUGUUUGACCGGCGAUGCGUCUCAACUAGUUCAAUCGUUAGAAGUUACAGCAAACAAUUACUGCAAGGCUUUAGAUCUGCUUAUAUCACGAUAUGACAAUAAACGUUACAUAUUUAAUUCUCAUAUUCAAGAAAUAUUUAAAAUUCAAAGAAUGUCAAAUCCAAACGUAAUACAAUUACGAAACUUCGUUGACUGUAUUAAUGGAAAUCUUCGAGCUUUACAAUCAUUUGCAUCAAAAAAUCAGAUUUCAGAAGGCAUAAUACUACAAUUAAUUGUCUUAAAGUUAGAUAUAGAAGUUGCAACAAAAUGGGAAGAAGAAGUUUCUAACAAUGCUAAGCAAAAUAGUACAGACUCAUUUUAUUUACCAACAUGGGGUGAGUUAUCAAAUUUUCUUGAACGAAGAUGUCAAUCCUUCGAUAUUAUCGCAACCAACACAACAUCCAGAUCAUCUCAAUUCAUACCUAGAAAACAAACUUCAUUCGUCGUUUCUGGUGAUCAAUAUUGUAAUCUUUGCGAAGGUUCGGAUUAUCAUAACCCCUUCAAAUGUUCAUUUUUUACGAAUAUGGAUCCUAUUUCUCGUUAUGAAUUAGUAAAACGAAAGGGUUUAUGUUUAAAUUGUUUAUUCCCUAACCACAUAUCUAACAAUUGUCCUUCGAGUAAUCGUUGUCAACACUGUCGAGUAAGCCACCAUACUCUACUACACAGAGAAAAGGCUAAACAAAAUCCAAUUGCUGCCGACAAUGUUACCACAAAUGAAGGUAACUCAAAUUGUAACACUCCAACUGUACUAAAUGUAUCAAGAAGCAGAAGUGAUGUCGUUCUGGCUACAGCUUUGGUGGAAUUGUCUGUUGCAUCUGGAAAAAAAAUGGUGGCUAGAGCAUUGUUGGACUCAGCCUCACAAUUACAUUUUAUUACUGAAAGAGUUGCCCAAACUCUUCAUUUACCCCGUCAAAAAACUGAUUUAGAUAUCUCAGGGAUUGGUGAUAAUUCGAUUAAAGCAUAUUACCAAUGUUCACUUACACUCAAGUCUACGAAUUACCCUCAAAUAUCUUUUAUUAAUGCUAUAAUACUUUCUUCAAUAACAACAUGUCAGCUACAAAAAUACAUUAAUACAGAAUCUUGGAAUAUUCCCGCAAACAUAAAAUUAGCUGAUCCCAAUUUUAAUCAGCCCGGUUCAAUUGAUAUACUCCUUGGUGCCAGUAUUUUUUAUGAAUUUCUUAUGGUAGGUCAAAUAAAACUUCGAGAUAAUCUUCCUAUUUUGCAAAAAACCUCCUUGGGUUGGAUAGUAGCAGGCGCAAUAUCAUCGAUAGCGCACUCACCAUCAGUACCACCAAAAAAUUCCGUAUUUAGUGCUACAAUUCUCGAUAAAUUAAACGAUUGUUUAGAAAAAUUUUGGACAAUUGAAGAUCACCACAGAAUAAACAAGGAGGAAAACAAUAAUGAUUGUGAGCGAUAUUUCGAAGAAACAACGUAUAGAUGUCCACAAACAAACAAAUUCGUUGUUAGAUUUCCAUUUAAACCAAAUGCUCAAAAACUGGGGGAAUCAUAUGAUAUCGCACUUAAAAGAUUUCUGUUGUUAGAAAAACGAUUAAAAUGUGACAAAAAACUUAAUGAUGAGUAUUCAUCAUUUAUUAAUGAAUAUAUAGAAAUGAACCAUAUGAAAUUACUGCCAAGAAAACAGGUGUCAUCCAAAUUGUUAAAUUAUAUUCCUCAUCAUUGUGUAAUUAAAAACGACAGUUCUACAACACGACUUCGAGUCGUAUUCGAUGCGUCGUGCCAAACUUCUAAUGGUCUGUCGCUAAAUGACAUUCUUCUUACUGGACCUACACUGCAGGAUGACUUGUUCACCAUCUUAUUUCGUUUUCGUUUACAUCGUUUUGUUUUAAUGGCUGACAUUGAAAAAAUGUUUCGGCAGGUCUUCGUCAAUCCAGAUGAUUUAAGGUUUCAAUGUAUUUUGUGGCGUAAUUCAUCGAUGGAAGAAGUGGAUGUUUAUCAAUUACAAACCAUUACAUAUGGCACUAGCUGUGCCACAUUUUUAGCUACAAAGUGUUUACAGCAACUUGCUAAGGAUAAUGUAGAUGUUUUUCCAACAGGUGCUGAAGUUACCCUUAAAGAUUUCUACGUAGAUAAUCUAAUGACUGGUGCUAAUACAAUAGAGGAAGUUAUCGAAAUAAAAAAUCAAGUUGUUCAAUUGUUAAAGUUUGGUGGAUUUCCAUUACGAAAGUUUGCAUCAAAUGUUCCUGAUAUUAUUAAAGAUAUUAGUUCAUCAGAUAAAGAACAAUUAAUAAAAAUACAUGGCACAGAGUUCAUAAAGGCACUCGGUUUAAAAUGGUCACCAAAGGAAGACAAUUUUCUUUUUAACUACGAAAUACCAUUAUCAAGGACAAAAACAACGAAACGUAAAAUUUUAUCCCACAUCGCCACAUUUUUUGAUCCAUUGGGUUGGAUAAAUCCUAUCAUCGUAAGUUGUAAAAUUUUAAUGCAACACAUGUGGACACUUAAACUUUCAUGGGAUGAAAGCGUACCCCAAUGGAUUGCCACACAAUGGGAAGAUAUUUGUCAACAAAUGCCGCAAAUAGCUGAAGUUAAAAUACCAAGGUUAGUACAAAUAAAUUCUGAUACUGAAAUUCAUGCCUUUGCUGACGCAAGUACAAAGGCCUAUGGAGCAUGCAUAUAUGCUGUUUCCAGAAUAGAUGGUACAUCGUCAUUGUUGUGUGCAAAAUCACGUGUUGCUCCGAUUAAACCAAUUACAUUACCCAGACUUGAACUAUCAGCUGCACUUCUAUCCUCUGAGCUACUUAACGAGGUAUGCAACAUUAAAAAUGUUUCCCCUAAUAACAUUCAUUGCUGGAGUGACUCUUCAAUUGCACUAUCAUGGAUAAAAGGAGAUGCAGCAAAAUGGAACCAGUUUGUGUCUAACAGAGUUCAAAAAAUCAAAAAUAUUACGUCAAAUUUUGAAUGGCACUAUUGCCCAACAGCAGAAAAUCCAGCAGACUUAGUGUCUAGAGGAGUAAAAGUUGCUGAUCUCAUAGACAAUAAAUUAUGGUUUGAAGGCCCAGAAUUUCUCCUAAAAACACGCAAUAAUUGGCCACAAUUACCACAUCACAAUUAUGAAGAUAUUCCUGAAGAAAAAACUAAGGCUGCGACUCUCAUCGUAAAUCAAUCACCAAAUAUAUUCUUCGAUUUUAAAUACAUCAAUAAUUACAAAAAGACUCUAAGAAUUUUUGCCUAUGUGAAUAGAUUUAUUGCUUUAGUUAAAAAAACAAAGGAAGUUAAAAGGGGUCAUAUCACACUUGAUGAAGAAAAUCAAGCAUUAUUAAAAAUCUGUACUAUUAUUCAAGUGGAAUCCUUUUCUGAAGAAUAUAAGGCAUUGUCCAAAACUAACGUUAUAAAUCACCAAUCAAAAUUAGUACAACUCUCACCAUUCAUCAAAGAUGGUCUUAUUCGUGUAGGCGGUCGUCUUCAGAAUUCAUCGUUGUCUUUCGAUGCCAUUCACCCGAUUGUAUUGCCUAAUCAUCACCCAUUUGUUCGAACACUCAUUAAUCACCAUCAUCGAAUCCACAUGCACGCUGGAACUCAAACACUCAACAGUCUUCUUCGUGAUCGCUUUUGGAUUAUAGAUGCUCGGAACACAAUUCGCCACACCAUACACAAUUGCAUUAUUUGUUAUCGUUGUCGACCCCAAAUAUGUCAACAAAUAAUGGGAUCAUUGCCUAGAGAUAGAGUCGAACCUUCAUACCCAUUUACUAUUACCGGAGUGGACUAUUGCGGUCCGUUUUCAAUUACUCAUCGUAUAAGAGGUAAGCAACCAACAAAGGUAUACAUUGCCGUAUUUAUUUGCUUCACAACAAAGGCUAUUCAUAUGGAGGUUGUAAUGGAUCUUACCACAAUAGCAUUCAUAGCUGCUCUAAAACGAUUCAUAGCCAGAAGAGGCAAAUGUAAUACCAUAUAUUCAGACAAUGCUACCAAUUUCGUUGGAGCAAAUAAGGAACUGAAAUUAUUACUUCAACAUUUCCUAUCAUCGGACCACAUAGCUGCCGUCAGCGAGAACUGUAACCAACAAGGUAUAAAGUGGAAAUUUAUACCUCCCCGUUCCCCACACUUUGGAGGUUUGUGGGAAAGUGCAGUAAAACAAGCAAAAUAUUUUCUUCGUAGAGCUGUGGGCACCUAUCUCUUUUCGUAUGAUGAACUACAAACCGUAUGUUGCCAAGCUGAAGCAAUAGUUAAUAGUAGACCACUUACACCAAUGUCCAGUGAUCCCGAUGACCUUCGCGCAAUAACUCCCUCACAUUUCCUCAUCGGUCGAACAGCUCAAACAGUACCAGAACCUUCUGUCGAACAUUUUGUGUCAGGAACACUUAAACGAUAUCAACAAAUUCAAUGGGCUCAGCAACAUUUUUGGCAAAGAUGGCAAAGGGAGUAUCUGAAUGAGUUGCAAGGAAAACGUAAAUGGACUACCCAGUUUGUAAACUUACAGCCGAAUGAUAUGGUACUAGUUAAAGAAGAUAAUUCGCCACCAAUGAAAUGGCAUCUAGGUCGCAUAGUGGAGACAAUAAAGGGCCCAGAUGACAAGGUUAGAGUUGUUGUUGUCAAAACUAGUGAUGGUCAACACAAAAGAGCUAUUACAAAAAUAUGUAAAUUACCAAUAAAUUGA